UAAAACCGUGGGGGAUUCAUACUAUACGUGUUACAGACAAAUCAAAAGAAUUCAAAGGUAACCAACCACUCAUUAUUACUUAUACUACAACACUUGACUUCAGUGUUAAGCAGUUAAGCAGUUGCAGAGAUAAGACAACUUCACUAGGUUGUUUUGACUGCAUUUAUUUACAAACUUUCUGAUUUCUUUAUCGUUUUUCUUAACGAAUUUGUGGUAGCACGUGUGUAGUUCUUUUUUUUUUUUGAUAAGUGUUUCUGAAAGUGUUUCAUUGAAAAUUUUUUUAAACAAUGUUUCUUCAAUUAUUUGGAUUAUUUGUUUGUGCGGUAUCAUUUGUCACCAGUGCCCCGGCAGUUGAUUUUUAUGCAUCGCGGUAUGAACAUAUCGAUAUUGAUACAGCGUUAUCAAAUAAACGGUUGAUCCAGAAUUAUGGUGAUUGCUUAUUGUAUAAGAAACCGUGUGCACCCCAAGGAAAGGAAUUAAGAGACAUUUUACCAGAAGCAUUGGAAACAACAUGCGCUCGUUGCACAGAAAAACAAAUUGUAUACGCAAUGCGUGUUGUACAUCGCUUACAAAAAGAAUACCCUGAAUUAUGGGCACAAUUAUCUGAACGUUGGGAUCCAACUGGAAAAUAUUUAAUUGCUUUUGAAGAAUUAUUCAAUUCCCCAAAUAAAGUUGAACGUUCACCAGCUCCUCCAACAGUUACUAGUUCCACAACCGAAAUUCCAUUAUUUAACCGAUUCAACGAUAAUAAUAAUGCAAACGAAGUUUCGCCAAACGAUAUUUCCUCCACAGGAGACUUAGACAAUAUCGAUCAAUCAAAUUUCCCAAAUGCUAGUAGUACAUCAAUAAAUUCUGUUAGUGUACCAUCUCAGACUUCAACAUCAGCUCCAACCACCACACGUACAUUAAUGUUUAUGGGUACAGCUGGGCAACCCCAACAUCAUUGGUUUGAUAUUUUAGGGUCACAGGUACUUCAAACAGCUGGAAAAAUUGCAGAUAUGUUUGUAUCGACAGUUGAAGUAGUUGUUGGAGCAAAAUAUCGACGACACGCAGCUUUACAUGGUGUUACAACAUCCAAACCUUAAACAAAUCAAAAAUUCAAUCGUGAAUCGAAUAUUUUUACCUUGCUUUGUUUGCUGGUUUCUUUGUGAGUUUCUAAGUGUUGAGUUUUUUCUGUAUAAAAAACAUUAUAAUAUUCUUAGAUAGCACUUAGUGCGUUGAUUAUUUUUAAGCCGUUUUUUCCGGCAACUCAUAAACAGGUCUUGUCAAAUGGAAUAUUUAAAGAUUGAUGAAGAAAGACCAUUCUCUAUUACAGUGAAUAAUUUCAAACUAGCAACAAUUAACGGCUGUAUGUUUAGCCGUAAAAAACGUAAGCUUUUGGAUCAAAGGUUUGAUUGUAAAAUUCGUCUAAAUGAUUCCUACAAAUUUUUAUCAUUACAAGUAUUUUUAAAGUUCGAACAAAAAAUGAUUUAUUCUUCAACUUAAUCAGCGAAAAUAGAGUUAUAAUAGAACUUAAAUUGUAUUAAGAUCUGUUAUGCUCGAAUUGUGAAAAAUAAAGAAUCCUAAUUUUCUGCUCAAAUUAAA